UGAAAGACUCCGCUCCUCCUGCAGGUGUAUAAAUAUGGCAGCGGUGCAACACCUGAGCUCACACACCUGCUCUAGGAGCUUCACCUGUAUCUCCUGCACCAUCAGACGAUCAGACAGACCAACACACAGAACAGCAUGACGACUGCAGUGGCUGCGUUUCUGCUCAUGGCAGUAGCAAUCUGGGGCAGUACAGAAGCAUUCUCCGAUGCUGCCGCUGACUGCUGUUUGACCAUAUCACCACAUAAAAUUCCAAAACAUCUCAUUGUAUCCUACAUCGAACAUGUCCAAAACAAUGGAUGUCACAAAGCAGCUACUGUGUUCAUCACAAAGAAAAACAAGAAGCUGUGUUCUCCCCCUAAAGAAGAAAGCAGAUGGGUUGCCAAUCUCAUCAAACAACUGGAUGCUCAGGCAGAGGAGGCGAGCAAAAAAACUGAAAAGUGAACAGGAUCAACAUGCCUGCCUGAGCUGAGUGUCAAGAUGCUCAUCAGGCGAUCAUCUUCAUGUCAUAAAAGCUACACACACUGAUUUCUCUUUUACAAUAUAAACAUUUCUAAUUGUUACGAUUUCAAACAACAUUUCAACAGUAAAACACAGAAGCCCUUGGUCACAAGCAGGGCAUUUUAUACUGUUUUAUUUUGUAUGUUUAUUUUAUUUUUUUAUUUGUCAUAGUUAGAUCUAGGUGCUGCUGAAUAAUUGUCUGUUUUAUAUUAUGAAUUUUAUAAAUGUAUUGUAUGUAUUUAUAAAUAAAACAAAAAAUGUGCAGAA